UUUAACACUCUUAUAUCUCAUCAUAAAUAUUUUUGUGAAAACAAAAGCUAAGUUAUGGGCUUAACACUAAAUAGCUAUAUUAAUGCUCUUAUGUGUGUAAUUAUGAUACUUUUACCUUCACUAUGCUACUGUCAAGAUGCUUAUGUAUCCUCUAGAGCAACUUACUAUGGUAGCCCUGAAUGCUAUGGGACUCCAACUGGUGCUUGUGGGUAUAAAACUUAUGGAAGCACCAUCAAUGGUGGUGAAGUGAGUGGAGCCUCUUAUAAGCUCUUCAAGAAUGGUAGUGGUUGUGGAGCAUGUUAUCAGGUUAGAUGCAAGUAUGCAACACAUUGCAGUGAAGAAGGGACAAAAGUGGUGGUGACCGACCAUGGUGAAGGAGACAAGACAGACUUUAUCCUUAGUGCUCGUGCCUACAAUAAGCUUGCUCUUCCAGGACAGGAAAAAGUAUUAUUUUCAUACGGGGUGGUUGAAGUCGAAUACAAACAGAUUCCUUGCCAGUAUCCAGGCUAUAACCUCAUGUUCAAAGUUCACGAACACAGUAAAUUCCCCACGUACCUUGCCCUGAUCCCCAUAUACCAAUCAGGUGUCAGUGAAAUCACAGCAGUUGAAAUAUGGCGGGAGGAUUGCAAAGAAUGGAGGGCUAUGAGAAGGGCGUAUGGAGCUGUAUGGGACAUGCCGAUGCCACCAGAGGGAGCUAUAACCUUGAGAUUUCAAGUGAGUGGUUCCAAAUGGGUUGAGCUUAAGAAUUUGAUUUCUAGUGAGUGGAAGGCCGGGGCUACUUAUGACACUGCUAUUCAGCUUGCUUAACUAAAACUGCAUCAUCAUAAGGAUGCACUAUCUAUACAUCUUUAUACGUAAAUCUGUAGUAGUAUACGUAGCUAGUUAAGCUAGCCAACAUCACAUGUGUAGCUUAUUUUGUUGUGUGGUUAAUCUUUGUGUUUUUAUUAGUAUAUGUGUAAGGAGGACAAAGAACUAUUUCAGAAAGUUAUAUAUGAUCAAAUAAAAUGUCAGUCUUGAAUAAAUACCAA